AUGGGGAGACGGCGGCGGCUGUGUCUCCGGCCCUACUUCGUGUGGCUGGGCUGCGUGGCGCUCUGGGCGCAGGGCUCGGCCGGCCAGCCCCAGCCCCCGCCGCCCAAGCCUCCCCGGCCGCAGCCGCCGCAACAGGUCCGGCCCGCCGCGGCGGGCUCCGAAGGCGGCUUCGCGGCGCCCGAGUACCGGGAGGACGGGGCCGCGGCCAGCCGCGUCCGCAGGCGAGGACAGCAGGACGUGCUCCGAGGGCCCAACGUGUGCGGCUCCAGAUUCCACUCCUACUGCUGCCCGGGAUGGAAGACGCUGCCCGGAGGAAACCAGUGCAUUGUCCCAAUUUGCAGAAAUAGUUGUGGAGAUGGGUUUUGCUCACGUCCUAACAUGUGUACUUGUUCCAGUGGCCAGAUAUCACCAACCUGUGGAUCAAAAUCAAUUCAGCAGUGCAGUGUGAGAUGCAUGAAUGGUGGGACCUGUGCAGAGGACCACUGCCAGUGCCAGAAGGGAUACAUUGGAGCUUACUGUGGACAACCUGUCUGUGAAAAUGGGUGUCAGAAUGGUGGACGUUGCAUUGGACCCAACCGCUGUGCUUGUGUUUAUGGAUUUACUGGUCCACAGUGUGAAAGAGAUUACAGGACAGGCCCGUGUUUCACUCAGGUCAACAACCAGAUGUGCCAGGGGCAGCUGACAGGCAUUGUCUGCACGAAGACUCUGUGCUGUGCCACCAUUGGGCGGGCCUGGGGCCAUCCCUGUGAGAUGUGCCCAGCCCAGCCUCAGCCGUGCCGCCGGGGCUUCAUCCCCAACAUCCGCACCGGAGCCUGCCAGGAUGUUGAUGAAUGCCAGGCUAUUCCAGGAAUAUGCCAAGGAGGAAACUGCAUCAAUACGGUGGGUUCUUUUGAAUGCAGAUGCCCUGCUGGUCACAAGCAGAGUGAAACUACACAAAAAUGUGAAGACGUUGAUGAGUGCAGCAUCAUUCCUGGGCUAUGUGACAGUGGCGGAUGUUCCAACACCGCGGGAAGCUAUUUUUGUGUUUGCCCACGUGGACACGUGACCUCACCAGAUGGCUCCCGGUGCAUCGAUCAGAGAACAGGCAUGUGCUUCUCAGGCCUGGUGAACGGACGCUGUACACAAGAACUCCCGGGCAGGAUGACGAAGACGCAGUGCUGCUGUGAGCCCGGCCGCUGCUGGGGUGUCGGAGCCGUGCCUGAGGCCUGCCCUGGGAGAGGUUCCGAGGAAUAUCGCAGGCUUUGCAUGGAUGGCCUUCCAAUGGGAGGAGUUCCAGGGAGUGCUGUUUCCAGACCUGGAGGCACUGGGGGGAAUGGCUUUGCCCCAAGUGGCAAUGGCAAUGGCAAUGGCUAUGGCCCAGGAGGGACAACAGGCUUUAUCCCCAUCCCUGGAGGCAACGGCUUUUCUCCUGGCGUUAGGGGAGCUGGUGUCGGGGCCGGGGGACAGGGGCCCAUCAUCACUGGACUAACAAUUCUGAACCAGACAAUAGAUAUCUGCAGGCACCACGCUAAUCUUUGUCUAAAUGGACGCUGCGUGCCUACUGUUUCUAGCUACCGAUGCGAAUGCAACAUGGGCUAUAAGCAGGAUGCAAAUGGAGAUUGUAUAGAUGUUGAUGAAUGCACAUCAAAUCCCUGCACUAAUGGAGAGUGUGUUAACACACCUGGUUCCUAUUAUUGUAAAUGUCAUGCUGGAUUCCAGAGGACUCCUACCAAGCAAGCAUGCAUUGAUAUCGAUGAGUGCAUCCAGAAUGGAGUUCUUUGUAAAAAUGGUCGAUGUGUGAACACAGAUGGAAGUUUCCAGUGCAUUUGCAAUGCUGGCUUUGAAUUAACUACAGAUGGAAAAAACUGUGUUGAUCAUGAUGAAUGUGCAACCACCAACAUGUGUCUGAAUGGAAUGUGCAUCAAUGAGGACGGCAGCUUCAAGUGCAUCUGCAAGCCAGGGUUUGUCUUGGCUCCCAGUGGGCGUUACUGCACUGAUGUUGAUGAAUGCCAGACCCCAGGAAUCUGCAUGAAUGGACAUUGCAUCAACAGCGAGGGGUCCUUCCGCUGUGACUGUCCCCCAGGCCUGGCUGUGGGCAUGGAUGGACGCGUGUGUGUUGAUACGCACAUGCGCAGUACCUGCUAUGGAGGGAUCAAGAAGGGAGUGUGUGUCCGUCCCUUCCCCGGAGCAGUGACCAAGUCAGAAUGCUGCUGUGCCAAUCCAGACUAUGGCUUCGGAGAGCCCUGCCAGCCAUGCCCUGCAAAAAACUCAGGUUUAUUAGGCCUGCAUUUAUCAACAAAAAAUAAAAUGCCUGGGAUCAUUAAACUUUCCAUAUUUAAUGCAGAUAUCAAUGAGUGUGCUUUGGAUCCUGAUAUAUGUGCCAAUGGAAUUUGUGAAAACUUACGUGGUAGUUACCGUUGUAAUUGCAACAGUGGCUAUGAACCAGAUGCCUCUGGAAGAAACUGUAUCGACAUUGAUGAGUGCUUGGUGAACAGACUGCUUUGUGACAACGGAUUGUGCCGAAACACACCGGGAAGUUACAGCUGCACAUGCCCACCUGGGUAUGUCUUCAGGACCGAGACAGAGACCUGUGAAGAUGUAAAUGAAUGUGAAAGCAACCCCUGUGUCAACGGGGCCUGCAGGAACAACCUUGGGUCUUUCAGCUGCGAGUGUUCGCCUGGCAGCAAGCUCAGCCCCACAGGAUUGAUCUGCGUCGACAGCCUGAAAGGGACGUGUUGGCUCAACAUUCAGGACAACCGCUGCGAGGUGAACAUUAACGGGGCCACGUUGAAGUCUGAGUGCUGCGCCACGCUCGGAGCCGCCUGGGGCAGCCCCUGUGAGCGCUGCGAGCUCGACACAGCUUGCCCAAGAGGGUUUGCCAGGAUUAAAGGUGUCACUUGUGAAGAUGUUAAUGAGUGUGAGGUGUUUCCUGGCGUUUGCCCAAAUGGACGCUGUGUCAACAGCAAAGGAUCUUUUCACUGUGAGUGCCCUGAAGGCCUCACAUUGGAUGGAACUGGCCGUGUGUGCUUGGAUAUCCGCAUGGAGCAGUGUUACCUGAAGUGGGACGAAGAUGAAUGCAUCCACCCUGUUCCUGGAAGAUUCCGCAUGGACGCCUGCUGCUGUGCCGUCGGGGCGGCUUGGGGCACCGAGUGUGAGGAAUGCCCCACACCUGGCACCAAGGAGCAUGAGACUCUGUGCCCCCGGGGACCUGGCUUUGCUAACAGAGGGGAUGUUCUCACUGGGCGGCCGUUUUACAAAGAUAUCAAUGAAUGCAAAGCAUUUCCAGGAAUGUGUACCUAUGGAAAGUGCAGAAAUACCAUCGGAAGUUUCAAGUGCCGUUGCAAUAGUGGCUUUGCUCUAGACAUGGAGGAAAGAAACUGCACAGACAUCGACGAGUGCAGGAUUUCCCCCGACCUGUGCGGCAGCGGAGUCUGCGUCAACACGCCCGGCAGCUUCGAGUGUGAGUGCUUCGAAGGCUACGAGAGCGGCGUCAUGAUGAUGAAGAACUGCAUGGACAUUGACGAAUGUGAACGUAACCCUCUCCUUUGUAGGGGUGGCACCUGUGUGAACACUGAGGGCAGCUUUCAGUGUGACUGCCCGCUGGGACACGAGCUGUCACCAUCACGUGAGGACUGUGUAGAUGUUAAUGAAUGCUCCCUGAGCAACAGUCUCUGCAGAAAUGGAAAAUGUGUGAAUAUGAUUGGAACUUAUCAGUGCUCUUGCAAUCCUGGGUACCAGGCCACAGCAGACCGCCAGGGUUGCACAGAUAUUGACGAGUGUAUGAUAAUGAAUGGGGGCUGUGACACCCAGUGCACUAACUCAGAAGGAAGCUACGAAUGCAGCUGCAGUGAGGGUUACGCCCUGAUGCCAGAUGGGAGAUCAUGUGCAGAUAUUGAUGAAUGUGAAAACAAUCCUGAUAUCUGUGAUGGUGGCCAAUGUACCAACAUUCCUGGGGAGUAUCGCUGUCUCUGUUAUGAUGGCUUCAUGGCUUCAAUGGACAUGAAAACAUGCAUUGAUGUGAAUGAAUGUGACCUAAAUUCAAACAUCUGCAUGUUUGGGGAAUGUGAGAACACAAAGGGAUCCUUCAUUUGCCACUGUCAGCUGGGUUAUUCAGUGAAGAAGGGGACCACAGGGUGCACAGAUGUGGAUGAGUGUGAAAUUGGUGCUCACAACUGUGACAUGCACGCUUCAUGUCUGAAUGUCCCAGGAAGCUUCAAAUGCAGCUGCAGAGAAGGCUGGGUUGGAAAUGGCAUCAAAUGCAUUGAUCUGGAUGAAUGUUCUAACGGAACCCACCAGUGCAGCAUAAAUGCUCAGUGUGUCAAUACCCCAGGCUCAUACCGAUGUGCCUGCUCUGAAGGUUUCACUGGAGAUGGCUUUACCUGCUCAGAUGUUGAUGAGUGUGCAGAAAACAUAAAUCUCUGUGAGAACGGGCAGUGCCUCAAUGUCCCGGGUGCAUAUCGCUGCGAGUGUGAGAUGGGCUUCACUCCAGCCUCAGACAGCAGGUCCUGCCAAGAUAUCGAUGAAUGCUCCUUCCAAAAUAUUUGUGUCUUUGGAACAUGUAACAAUUUGCCUGGAAUGUUUCAUUGUAUCUGUGAUGAUGGUUAUGAAUUGGACAGAACAGGAGGGAACUGUACAGAUAUUGAUGAGUGUGCAGAUCCCAUAAACUGUGUAAACGGCUUAUGUGUCAACACGCCUGGUCGGUAUGAGUGUAAUUGCCCACCCGAUUUUCAGCUGAACCCCACUGGUGUGGGUUGUGUGGACAACCGCGUGGGCAACUGCUACCUGAAGUUCGGUCCUCGAGGCGACGGGAGUCUUUCCUGCAACACGGAGAUUGGGGUGGGCGUCAGUCGCUCUUCCUGCUGCUGCUCCCUGGGAAAGGCCUGGGGGAACCCCUGCGAGACGUGCCCCCCUGUCAACAGCACUGAAUAUUACACCCUGUGUCCUGGAGGUGAAGGCUUCAGACCUAACCCCAUCACAAUCAUCUUAGAAGACAUUGACGAAUGCCAGGAGUUACCAGGUCUCUGCCAGGGUGGAAAUUGCAUCAACACUUUUGGGAGCUUCCAGUGUGAGUGCCCACAAGGCUACUACCUCAGCGAGGAAACCCGCAUCUGUGAAGAUAUUGAUGAGUGUUUUGCACAUCCUGGUGUGUGUGGGCCUGGGACCUGCUACAACACGCUGGGAAAUUACACCUGCAUCUGCCCACCUGAAUACAUGCAAGUCAAUGGCGGCCACAACUGCAUGGACAUGAGAAAAAGCUUUUGCUACCGAAGCUAUAAUGGAACCACUUGUGAGAAUGAGUUGCCUUUUAAUGUGACAAAGAGAAUGUGCUGCUGCACAUACAAUGUGGGCAAAGCCUGGAACAAGCCCUGUGAGCCGUGCCCAACACCAGGAACCGCUGACUUUAAAACCAUAUGUGGAAAUAUUCCUGGGUUCACCUUUGAUAUUCACACAGGAAAAGCUGUUGACAUUGAUGAAUGUAAAGAGAUACCAGGCAUUUGUGCAAAUGGUGUAUGCAUUAACCAAAUUGGCAGCUUCCGCUGUGAGUGCCCUACAGGAUUCAGUUACAAUGACCUGCUUUUGGUCUGUGAAGAUAUUGACGAGUGCAGCAACGGUGACAGUCUCUGCCAGCGGAAUGCGGACUGCAUCAACAGUCCUGGCAGCUACCGCUGUGAGUGCACUGCAGGCUUCAAACUGUCGCCCAGCGGGGCCUGUGUAGAUCGCAAUGAAUGUUUAGAAAUUCCUAAUGUCUGCAGUCAUGGCUUGUGUGUUGAUUUGCAAGGAAGUUACCAGUGCAUCUGCCACAACGGUUUUAAGGCUUCUCAGGACCAGACCAUGUGCAUGGAUGUUGACGAAUGUGAGCGGCAUCCAUGUGGAAAUGGAACUUGUAAAAACACUGUUGGAUCCUAUAACUGUCUGUGCUACCCAGGGUUUGAACUCACUCACAAUAAUGAUUGCCUGGACAUAGAUGAGUGCAGUUCCUUUUUUGGCCAGGUGUGCAGAAACGGACGGUGUUUUAAUGAAAUUGGCUCCUUCAAGUGUUUAUGUAAUGAAGGUUAUGAACUCACUCCAGAUGGCAAAAACUGUAUAGAUACAAAUGAGUGUGUUGCCCUUCCUGGUUCUUGUUCUCCUGGCACCUGUCAGAAUUUGGAGGGAUCGUUCAGAUGCAUCUGUCCCCCAGGGUACGAAGUAAAAAGCGAGAACUGCAUUGAUAUAAAUGAAUGUGAUGAAGACCCCAACAUUUGUCUUUUUGGUUCUUGCACCAAUACCCCAGGGGGCUUCCAGUGCAUCUGCCCGCCUGGCUUCGUUCUGUCUGAUAACGGACGGAGAUGCUUCGAUACUCGCCAGAGCUUCUGCUUCACAAAUUUUGAAAAUGGGAAGUGUUCUGUACCCAAAGCUUUCAACACCACAAAAGCAAAGUGCUGCUGCAGCAAGAUGCCAGGAGAGGGCUGGGGGGACCCUUGUGAGCUCUGCCCCAAAGACGACGAAGUUGCAUUCCAGGAUUUAUGUCCAUACGGCCACGGAACUGUCCCUAGUCUUCAUGACACACGUGAAGAUGUCAAUGAGUGUCUUGAGAGCCCAGGCAUCUGUUCAAAUGGCCAGUGCAUCAACACCGAUGGGUCUUUCCGCUGUGAAUGUCCGAUGGGCUACAACCUUGAUUACACAGGAGUGCGCUGUGUGGAUACUGAUGAGUGUUCAAUCGGCAAUCCAUGUGGAAAUGGUACAUGCACCAAUGUUAUUGGAAGUUUUGAAUGCAAUUGCAAUGAAGGCUUUGAGCCAGGGCCCAUGAUGAACUGUGAAGAUAUAAAUGAAUGUGCCCAGAACCCACUGCUGUGUGCUUUCCGCUGCAUGAACACGUUUGGAUCCUAUGAAUGCACGUGCCCGAUUGGCUAUGCCCUCAGGGAAGAUCAAAAGAUGUGUAAAGAUCUAGAUGAAUGUGCGGAAGGGCUGCACGACUGUGAGUCCAGAGGCAUGAUGUGCAAGAACCUGAUUGGCACCUUCAUGUGCGUCUGCCCCCCUGGCAUGGCCCGGAGGCCCGACGGAGAAGGCUGCAUAGAUGAAAAUGAAUGUAGGACCAAGCCAGGGAUCUGUGAAAAUGGACGUUGUCUUAACAUUAUUGGAAGCUAUAGGUGUGAGUGCAAUGAAGGAUUCCAGUCAAGUUCUUCAGGCACUGAAUGCCUUGACAAUCGCCAGGGACUCUGCUUUGCAGAGGUCUUGCAGACGAUGUGUCAGAUGGCAUCCAGCAGCCGCAAUCUUGUCACCAAGUCAGAAUGCUGCUGCGAUGGUGGGCGAGGCUGGGGCCGCCAGUGUGAGCUUUGCCCACUUCCUGGAACUGCCCAGUACAAAAAGUUAUGUCCUCAUGGCCCAGGAUACGCCACUGAUGGAAGAGAUAUUGAUGAAUGUAAGGUAAUGCCAAACCUCUGCGCCAAUGGUCAGUGCAUCAACACCAUGGGCUCAUUCCGAUGCUUCUGCAAGGUUGGCUACACUACAGACAUCAGCGGAACCUCCUGUGUGGACCUUGAUGAAUGUUCCCAGUCCCCAAAACCAUGCAACUUCAUCUGCAAGAAUACCGAGGGGAGUUACCAGUGUUCGUGUCCAAGGGGAUAUGUCCUGCAAGAGGAUGGAAAGACUUGCAAAGACCUUGAUGAAUGUCAAACCAAACAGCACAACUGCCAGUUCCUCUGUGUCAACACCCUGGGAGGGUUUACCUGUAAAUGUCCACCUGGUUUCACACAGCAUCACACUGCCUGCAUUGACAACAACGAAUGUGGGUCUCAGCCUUCGCUCUGCGGCGCAAAGGGAAUCUGCCAGAACACCCCUGGAAGUUUCAGCUGCGAAUGCCAGAGAGGGUUCUCCCUUGAUGCCACCGGCCUGAACUGCGAGGAUGUUGAUGAAUGUGAUGGAAACCACAGGUGCCAGCAUGGCUGCCAGAACAUCCUGGGUGGCUACAGGUGUGGCUGCCCUCAAGGGUACAUCCAGCACUACCAGUGGAACCAGUGUGUCGAUGAGAAUGAAUGCUCCAACCCAAAUGCCUGCGGCUCUGCAUCCUGCUACAACACUCUGGGCAGUUACAAGUGCGCCUGCCCCUCCGGCUUCUCCUUCGACCAGUUCUCCAGUGCCUGCCACGAUGUGAACGAGUGCUCGUCCUCCAAGAACCCAUGCAAUUACGGCUGUUCCAACACGGAAGGGGGCUACCUCUGCGGCUGCCCGCCCGGGUACUACAGAGUGGGACAGGGCCACUGUGUCUCAGGACUGGGACUUACCAAGGGGCAGUACCUGCCACUGGAUGCAGAGGGCGACGAGGAAAGCGCCCUGUCCCCGGAAGCGUGCUAUGAGUGCAAGAUCAAUGGCCACUCGAAGAAAGACAGCAGGCAGAAGAGAAGUGUUCACGAGCCCCCGCCCACUGCUGUUGAACAGAUCAGCCUAGAGAGUGUCGACAUGGACAGCCCCGUCAACAUGAAGUUCAACCUCUCUGGCCUUGGCUCCAAGGAGCACAUCCUGGAACUGCGGCCCGCCAUCGAGCCCCUCAACAACCACGUCCGCUACGUCAUCUCCCAAGGGAACGAUGGCGGCGUCUUCCGCAUCCACCAGCGGCACGGGCUCAGCUACUUGCACACGGCCAAGAAGAAGCCGGUGCCUGGCACAUACACACUGGAAAUCACUAGCGUCCCUCUCUACAAGAAGAAGGAGCUGAAGAAACUGGAAGAGAGCAAAGAGGACGACUACCUCCUAGGGGAGCUUGGGGAGGCCCUCAGGAUGAGGCUGCAGAUCCAACUCUAUUAACCCUUCACGGACUUGGGUUCCAGGCUCAGAUCCCAGCCCAGCCCGCCUUCAGAAGAGUCGAUGAUUAAUUUUAAAGAGGAACAAAAUGACUUUGUUUCUUUCCUCCCUGUUUCAGACUUUGAAUGUUGACCCUCGCAGGGAGGGAUAAUUUAGACUCUGGUGUGGCCAAAGAUUUGAGUACAAAGGCAACCGUGGUUACUGUAUUUUUUAUAUAACUUCAUUUUAAAAUAUAUUAAAAAAACCUAAAUGUUCAAGAGAUCAGCAUAUGGCACUAAAUGCACAAAAAUAAUGUGAGCUUUUUUUUUUUUUCCUGUUAGCAGUCUGUAACACUUUGGGUAUUUUGCUAUAGUUGCUAAUUAAAAAAUAUAGAUGUUUAUUUAUUUUUAAUGCAGUAAUAUAUGGAGAAAUGAACAAACUAUGUAAACAAAAAGGGAAACUCACUGGUUUUUCUUUAGAUUUAUAAAUUUGAGCUAUUUCUUUUAGAGGUACUUUUUAAAAAUUCAGCAGAUUCAAGAGAUGUUUUCCUUUGGUUUUUCUGCCAGUCACCCAACUGGUACACACCUGAUUAUUUUAAAGAAAGCCUCCCAGAGCUGAAUGGGCAGUGGAAUCAAUAAUUUAAAAGAUGUGAAUGUCAUUAGAUCCUUUAGAGGGGAGAUCAAAGCCAGAGCAGCUCGCUGUGACAACACUUCACGUCACCAGACAUACCAGGCAACGGAAGAUGAAGCACGACCACUGUAGCAAAAUACCUUGACUGCUUGUGAGAACAUUAGCAUUGCAGGCCAAACCGUACUGUACUUCCUUCUCGUAACCUCAAGGAGCCAUGUGUGCUACCCGCAACGCCUCAUUCUGACCCAGGGUGCGCUGCAUACUUGUGGUGCUGCAGGCAGCUGAAGAACGCCACUCCUUUGCAAAGGAGCGGUGGCGUUCUGUAGUGUUUGGUGCUGUCUUAGAUUAAUGGUGCAUUUACUAUGUUCAAGCUAUUUCAGGAUUGCCAUAUGUGCAAACAAAUCAUGCAGUGCAGCCAAGGAAUAUAUGUUGUUGUUUUUUUAAAAUUGGUUUUUUUUUUUAGAAUUUUCAUUAAUACCGUAGUUAUACACCAUAUGCCUUGUUUUAAUCAUAGCCUAUUUGUGUAUGAAAGAUGUUUGUACAAUGAAUUGAUGUUUUAGUUUGCUUUAGUCAUUUAAAAAGAUACUGUUCCAGGACAUGCUAAUAGGAGUACAUAUCCGUGUUCUCAAUCCAAGAACCUGUCGCUGGACCAGUGACCAAACCUCAUAUGUGAAAUGGCUAAAGCACACGCAGACUCCCGGUUGUUCCUCUCACACCUGUGUUGACCAAAGAUUAGUAACCAGUUAUAUCCAGUGUUUGGGGUUUUUUUGUUUUGUUUUUUUUUAAUAACUAAGAAAAGAAACAAUGUACAUUUGUAAUCAAGUGUUUGUGAGGAAAAACUUAUGGCUUUUGGUUUUGUCUGUUUUGUAGGUCUGUGUAUCAAAUAUGACACUUUUCUUGCAAUAAAGCUUAUUUUGGGGUA